GGUUUGAGCCGUGGCUACUCUUGUGUACAUGUGUUUGUCCCCGAUCAUUUCUGCUCACUGCCACACGCACUGCGCAUCGCCUCCACAUCCACGACAGCUAACCGCAUUCAACAAACACUUGAACAUAUCAAAACGUAUCUCCUAACUAACGUCAUAUCAAAUGCUCACUAUCACCUCACAGCAUCUUCCCACCCGUGAAACUCCCUCCGGUAACGCGUUCCGCAUCAGUAUCCCCCUAGUGAGAGGCACGUGACAGACAGGAUUGGCGAAGUGGAACCCGGUAUUAACAUGAUUCGUUUUGCCAGGAUAUGUAUGGGUGUAUUGUUCCCCUUGACAUUGGAGGGGAUCUCACGUGCUUGGAUUCCGGUACGUGUAGCACUUCGCCCCAUGCGUCAAUCCGCUAAAUUUCACAUCCUCUCCCCAGUCAGUCUCGCGUUGCAUGCUCUUGCAACUCAGUGCCGUCACGAUGGUCCCGCAUCUAGGAGUAACAGGAAUUGCCUUUCAGGAAGUACAUGAGGUGCGACGUGGUUAGUCAACAUAGCAAAGCGUGGUACGGCGACGUUCGUUUGUCAUCAUACGCAUCGAAGUGGCGAGAAGAGAACAAUACGGCGGGCGAUUUGAUAGGUUGAGCUGACGAAUCCUGCCGUUGUGCGUAUGGGAUUCACACCGUGCAUAUGCACAAUUUUAAUCUUCGUGUAUGAACACUGCUAUCCCGGU